GUCAUCCAUUAUUAACACCGCUGCUUGUGCCGGCCACGCAACCCGAGCCAUUUUCAAACACUCCCAGCAGCUUUUCAGUGAAGAAAAGGACACAGAAGAAGCUGGGAAGGUGAACAGAAAGGGGAAUAGAUGACGGGAGGAUACUAUUUCCACAGAGACGUGCUGCCGUUUGUGGCCAUGAUCAGCUUGAACAUCAUCAACGUUGGGAUCAACACGCUCUUCAAGGCUGCAACCAUGGAGGGGAUGAACAACAAUGUCUUCGUCGCCUAUGACUAUGCCAUCGCUUCUCUUGUUCUUCUUCCUGCUCCUUUCCUCUCCAAAAGGUCGAGUGUUCUUCCUCCUUUGAGCUCCUCAGUUGUGUGCAAAAUUGGCCUCCUCGGACUCAUAGGGAGUUCAUCUCAAAUCAUGGUGUACACUGGAAUCAACUACAGUUCUCCAACUCUUGCGUCCGCCAUUGGCAAUCUCACUCCAGCUUUUACUUUCCUGUUUGCCGUCAUUUGCAGGAUGGAAAGAGUUGCGAUUAGAAGAUCAUCCAGCCAGGCCAAAAUCCUAGGCACCAUAGUGGCAAUAGCAGGUGCAUUUGUGGUGACCCUCUAUAAGGGUCCCCCCAUUUUCGCGUCAGAAUCUCCAUCACCAACUAAACUGAAUUAUCAAUCAUCCCUUCUUCAGUCAUCAACAACAACUACGCAAGAACAUUGGGUACUUGGUGGGAUGUGUCUCACCGUGAAGUAUAUACUUGACCCUUUGUGGUACAUUGUAGUGACACAGAUAAUGAAGGAGUACCCUGCUGAAUUCACGGUGAUCUUCUUCUACAACGUGAUUGUCUGCAUCAUAACAUCAGUUUUUGCACUGAUCACUGAAGGAACAUCGUCCAGUGCCUGGAUAUUCAGCAGUAGCACAGCAAUAGCAUCGGUUUUAUGCUCGGGAGUGUUUGGAUCGUGCUUGAGCAAUGGUGUAGAUGCAUGGGUGCUGCGGCUCAAGGGGCCAGUAUUUGUGUCGUCGUUCAAACCAUUUGCGAUGAUUGUAGCUGUUGCCAUGGGAGUUACGCUUCUGGGUGAUAUUCUGCAUCUAGGGAGCCUGAUUGGAGCAACAACCAUUGCAAUUGGGUUCUACAUGCUGAUGUGGGGAAAGGCCAAAGAGGAAGCUGAUGACACCAUCCCACAACAGAACCCUCACCAUAUCAGUAGCACCCUCGAACCUCACUCCAACGAGAAGGUACCUUUACUGCAAAAGCUGAGCCAGUGGUGAAUCACCAUUCAAGUUGAAGUGAAAAACUGCAGCAGAAGCUGCUAAUUUGGUGCGCACCCAUCUGCAUUCCAAGAGUAAUUGCGCAAUGGAGGGUAUUUGACAGCAUAGUAUAUAAUCUGCAAGCCAAUUUGUACCUAAGUAAGCCAAUAAUCGAAAUUUGAAGGGAAUCGAGUGUAACUCUUCCCUGUGUUGCAGAAGGGCCAGGUAAGAAGGAACUGACCUGGUAGAAGUGUGAAAUACCUUUGCCAUGGCCGCCUGAAUAGUUCGUUUUGAACUGGACAAACGUCAAACGAGAGAGAGUGAAUGCUAGAGGGUAGAGCCGAGCCGGCUGCUUAAUGGGCCGGGCAGUACAAAUCGUAGUUUACGUUCCCUUACAUUUCGAAACUAUGUUUAUGAUAAAAGUUGUAUUCCUUAAAAAUUUAUGCGAAAUAAAAAAAAAUCAUGUCG